CCGGUACGAACAGACCAGCUUCGCUGACUGUGUGACAGAUCCGAAAGUGAAGAGUUAAUAGGAAAAUGGCAGAAGUCGCUCCAGCUCCCGCCGCCGCUCCGGCCAAGGCAACCAAGAAGAAAGCGGCACCUAAGCCGAAGAAAUCGGGCCCCAGUGUCGGGGAGUUGAUUGUGAAGGCUGUGUCCGCCUCCAAAGAAAGGAACGGCCUGUCUCUUGCCGCUCUGAAGAAGUCUCUGGCAGCCGGCGGCUACGACGUGGAGAAGAACAACUCCCGCGUAAAGCUAGCGAUUAAGGCUCUGGUGACCAAAGGGACUCUGCUUCAGACCAAGGGAACCGGCGCCUCUGGCUCCUUCAAGCUGAACAAGAAGCAGAGCGAAACCGUCAAGAAGCCCGCGAAGAAAGCCGCUCCUAAAGUCAAGAAACCAGCAGCAAAGAAACCCGCGGCGGCGAAGAAGCCUAAGAAGGCGGCGUCCUCAGCAGCCAAGAAGCCGGCAGCAGCUAAGAAGCCGACAGCCGCCAAAAAGUCUCCCAAGAAGGCAAAGAAGCCGGCGGUAGCCAAGAAAGCGACCAAGAGUCCCAAGAAGGCGAAAAAGCCGGCGGCAGCAAAGAAGGCCACCAAGAGCCCGAAGAAAGCAAAGGCAGCCAAGCCCAAAGUCGCCAAACCCAAGGCUACCAAAGCCAAAAGAGCCGCUCCCAAGAAGAAGUGAAGGGACAGCUGCUGAGAACAAAAAGGCUCUUUUAAGAGCCACCC